UGAGACUAGUGUGUAGCUGUAAAUAGUAGUUACAUCCAUUUACAACUAUCUACUAUUCUCCACAUUCUGUUUCGCUAAUUAAUUUGCUAUAUUUCCUGGUAUAGUGAAAGAGAAAAGAGAGAUGACCUGAUUCGACUUUUAGUGACAAGGAUUCUGAGGGAACUGAGUAAUGCUCCAGUUGGUGUGGCUGAGUUUACCGUUGGACUCGAUGCUCGCAUUGAGCAAUUGUUGGAAUUGUUAGACAUGAGAUCCAACGGCAUGAGGGUAUUGGGAUUGUAUGGGAUGGGUGGGAUUGGUAAGACUACCCUAGCGAAGGCUUUUUUUAACAGAAUCAUUGUGGAUUUUGAGCAUCGCAGCUUCAUUUCAAGUGUUAGAGAAGUUUCAUCCAAAGAUGAGGGCCUAAUUUCUCUAAGAAACAGAAUUAUAAGUGACAUUUCCUCUCAAGCAGUGGUUGGUAACGAUAUUUCUGCUUUCAGAAGAGCAGUUAGUGAAAACCGUGCUCUGAUAAUCCUGGAUGAUGUGGAUGAUGUGAAGCAGCUCGAUACUCUAAUUGGCAAAAGAGAAUGGUUCCAUGAGGGAAGCCGUAUAUUAGUCACAUCAAGGGAUACGCGAGCUCUGCCUGAGACUCAUGUUAAUGUCUUGUACGAAGUUCAGAUAUUGGAUGACUCUGAGUCGCUAGAACUAUUCUGUUACCAUGCAAUGCGAAGAAAGAAACCUGCAGGCGAAACUUUCUUGAAAUUGUCGAAGGAAAUAGUGUCUCUAACAGCAAGAUUGCCUUUAGCUCUGGAAGUGUUUGGCUCAAUGUUGUUUGGUAAGAGAAGGGAAAAGGAAUGGGUUGAUGCUGUGGAUAAGCUGAAGCUGAUUCGACCUGGGAAUCUCCAAGAAGUGUUGCAGAUUAGUUAUGAGGCGUUAGAUAAACAAGAGAAAUGCGUCUUCCUUGAUAUUGCUUGCUUGUUUGUCCAAAUGAGCAUGAAGCGAGAAGAUGUGAUCGACGUAUUGAGAGGCUGUGGAUUUAAGGGAGAGAUAGCAAUCGCAGUUCUCAGAGAGAAAUGUUUGAUCAAAAUCAGAGAGGACGAAACCAUUUGGAUGCAUGAUCAAAUUAGAGACACGGGGAGGCAAAUUGUUGUGUAUGAAGACCUUGAUGAUCCUGGUAUGCGUAGUAGAUUGUGGGAUCGAUCUGAAAUUCUAAAUGUCUUGAGGAAUUUGAAGGUAAGGAUCCUGAUAAAGGCUUUUCAGUUUGAAUAUAAAUUCUUUUUGUGUGUCUGUGUCAUCUGA